CGGACUUCCUUGGCGCGCGGGUGGUUGCCGUAGCAACCGGCGGUGUCCUCCUCGUGCGGCGGCCUUGUCCUGCAGGCCAUGGCGUGGCGGGGCACGUUUGUGGCGGCGCGGCGGUGGCUGAGCCGGGCCAGGAGCCCGAAGGAGGGCGGGAGCGUGGAGGCCUUGCUGCAGGGCGCCUUGGUGGAGGAGGAGAAGGAAGAGGAGGAGGGCGCAGGCGAAGGACUUCGAGGCCCGCGGCGCUCCCCGCAAGACACCUCGGUGCUGCUCUUCCCGGGCCAAGGCAGCCAGUUCGUGGGGAUGGGCCAAGGCCUGCUGCGCUACCCCAGCGCGAGGGAGCUCUUCCGCGCAGCCGAGGAAGUGCUGGGCUACGACCUUCUGGGCCUCUGCCUCGAGGGGCCCAAGGAACGGCUGGACCGCACCGUCCACAGCCAGCCCGCCGUCUUCGUCGCCUCCCUGGCCGCCGCGGAGAAGCUGCACCACCUGGAGCCCUCGGUAGUUGAAAACUGUGUUGGAGCUGCUGGAUUCAGCAUUGGAGAAUAUGCAGCCCUUGUUUUUGCAGGAGCCAUCGACUUCCCAGAAGCCUUAUAUGCAGUAAAGGUGCGUGCUGAAGCGAUGCAAGAGGCCUCUGAAGCUGUCCCAAGUGGAAUGCUGUCUGUCAUUGGCCGGAAUAACUCAGAUUAUUUUGCUGCUUGCUUUGAAGCUCGUGAAUACUGCAAGUCAGUGGGAAUAGAAAAUCCAGUAUGUGAAGUUUCAAAUUAUUUGUUCCCAGAUAGCCGAGUCAUUGCAGGACAUUUGCAGGCUUUGGAGUACUUACAAAAAAAUUCUAAAAAAUACGCAUUUGCACGUGUGAAAAUGCUGCCAGUCAGCGGUGCUUUCCACACUCGCCUUAUGGAAUCUGCUAUGGAACCUCUGUCUGAAGCCCUCAAAUCAAUUACCAUUCGACAGCCUCUUAUCCCUAUUUAUUCAAAUGUGAACGGACAAAAAUAUACACACUCAAAACAAAUCCAGCAUUUGUUAGUGAAGCAAUUGGUUUUGCCAGUGAAAUGGGAACAAACAAUACACGCUAUCUAUGAAAGGAAAAAAGGAACAGCUUUUCCUUGCUCAUAUGAAGUUGGUCCUGGGAAGCAGCUAGGAGCAAUCCUUAAAAGUUGCAAUUUGAAGGCUUGGAAAUUCUACAAAAAUAUUGAUGUUUCGGAAGACUUUGCAGAAGACAACACAUAAUUUUGCCCGCAAAUUUGCUGAGAACUGCAAAUGACAUCCUAAUCUCAUCUUGAUGAAUACGAAUUCUUGUAGUCCUUAGCACAGGGAGUGCUAUGCAUUUUCACUGCUGGCAUCAGGUUUGUACUCAGUUAAUGUGAAGAGAAGAAUUACUUGUCAUAUGAGCUGAAGUAAUGUCCAAAAUCACCUUGGGUGCCACCUUGUCAAAUGGACAAAUAUACUCACAAUCUCAUACAAAUGAAUUUUUUUCCAGGGAUGGAUGUCAACAUGAUCCAUA